AUAAAACUUAACGAAAUCCACCCGUGAAGCUGUUCGUUCCUACGUGUUUUCAAGCGCAGUGGAAUUAAAGAUAUUUGAAAUUUGUUUAUAAGUUUAAUUAGAAUUUUGUGAAGGAAUAAUUUGUUGGAUUUAUUUCUCGUAUGUUUAAAUCAUUGUGGUUGUGUGGAACAUUUUAUAAUUUUUUAAGUGCAUAAUCGUUGUAUUAAAAAAGUGUCGAGAUAAUAUUGAUCAAUACAGAAAUAUUAUAAAAAAGUAUUAAAAAAUGGCUGAAGAAAUUGAUCGCAACGAUCCUGAGUUGAAAUAUCUUUCCGUCGAACGGAGCCAGUUUAAUGAUCCGGCAACACAGGCCGAGUGGACACAGAAACGCCUUGUGUGGGUGCCACAUGAGAAUCAGGGGUUUGUUGCUGCAAGCAUUAAACGCGAACAUGGCGACGAAGUUGAAGUGGAGCUUGCCGAAACUGGUAAACGGAUGAUGGUUCUGCGUGAUGAUAUUCAAAAGAUGAAUCCUCCAAAAUUUGACAAGGUCGAAGAUAUGGCGGAGCUGACCUGUCUAAACGAAGCCUCAGUUUUGCACAACAUCAAAGACAGAUACUAUUCUGGCUUAAUUUACACUUAUUCUGGUCUCUUCUGUGUUGUAGUGAACCCUUACAAAAAAUUGCCAAUCUACACUGAGAAGAUAAUGGAACGGUAUAAGGGUAUCAAAAGGCAUGAAGUGCCUCCUCAUGUUUUCGCAAUAACUGACACAGCCUAUAGAUCCAUGUUGCAAGAUCGCGAAGACCAAUCCAUUUUAUGUACUGGCGAAUCUGGUGCUGGAAAAACUGAGAAUACGAAAAAGGUCAUACAGUAUUUAGCGUAUGUGGCUGCAUCGAAACCGAAGGGCUCGGGAGCGGGACCUCAUCCGGCUUUAAUUAUUAAUUUACAAGUUAAUGUGAAGAAAACUUUUAAAAUCAAAUGUAAUCUCGACGGUAUGUCAGAUUCGUUUUCUGUAAAGCAUAAAAGUCAAAAUGAAGUUGCGAAAUUGUGCGAAAAUACAGGAUGCAGAUGUAUGGGUGAACUGGAGCAACAACUUUUGCAAGCCAAUCCCAUUUUGGAAGCUUUCGGAAACGCCAAAACUGUGAAGAACGAUAAUUCAUCCCGUUUUGGUAAAUUUAUUCGCAUAAACUUUGAUGCGUCUGGCUACAUUUCGGGUGCGAAUAUUGAAACAUAUUUGCUGGAGAAAUCUCGUGCCAUUCGUCAAGCCAAGGAUGAACGAACCUUCCAUAUAUUUUAUCAAUUACUUGCCGGCGCUUCUCAUGAACAACGUGAUAAAUUCAUACUCGAUGACAUUAAAUCAUAUCCAUUCCUAUCUAAUGGCAGUUUGCCUGUACCCGGUGUAGACGAUUUUGCAGAGUUCCAGGCGACCGUUAAGUCAAUGAACAUCAUGGGGAUGACCAGCGACGACUUCAAUUCCAUUUUCCGUAUAGUGAGCGCUGUGCUAUUAUUUGGUUGCAUGAAAUUCCGACAGGAGCGUAAUAAUGAUCAAGCAACGCUUCCUGAUAACACGGUGGCUCAGAAGAUUGCUCAUUUGCUUGGUUUGAGCGUAACAGAUAUGACGAGAGCCUUUCUAACGCCUCGAAUUAAGGUGGGCCGUGAUUUCGUUACAAAAGCCCAAACUAAGGAGCAGGUGGAAUUCGCAGUGGAAGCCAUUGCUAAGGCAUGCUACGAACGGAUGUUUAAAUGGUUAGUGAACCGCAUUAAUAGGUCGUUGGAUCGUACCAAACGUCAAGGUGCAUCGUUUAUAGGAAUCCUUGAUAUGGCUGGUUUUGAGAUAUUUGAACUGAACUCAUUCGAACAACUCUGCAUUAAUUACACCAAUGAAAAAUUGCAACAACUCUUCAAUCACACUAUGUUCAUUUUGGAACAGGAAGAAUAUCAGCGCGAAGGCAUUGAAUGGAAAUUCAUCGAUUUCGGUCUUGAUCUUCAGCCAACUAUUGAUUUAAUCGACAAACCUGGUGGUAUAAUGGCUUUGUUGGACGAAGAAUGCUGGUUCCCAAAGGCAACGGAUAAAACGUUUGUAGACAAACUUGUCUCAGCUCACUCAAUGCAUCCGAAGUUCUUGAAAACCGAUUUUCGUGGUGUUGCGGAUUUCGCUAUUGUUCACUAUGCCGGCAAGGUAGAUUAUUCGGCAGCGAAAUGGCUGAUGAAGAAUAUGGAUCCAUUAAAUGAAAAUAUUGUGUCUCUGCUGCAAGCCUCGCAGGAUCCAUUCGUUGUGAAUAUCUGGAAGGAUGCUGAAAUAGUGGGUAUGGCCCAGCAAGCUUUAACCGACACUCAAUUCGGUGCUCGCACUCGCAAAGGAAUGUUCCGAACUGUAUCUCAUUUGUAUAAAGAACAACUAGCUAAAUUAAUGGACACAUUGCGGAACACAAAUCCAAACUUUGUACGCUGCAUUAUUCCAAACCACGAAAAACGUGCUGGUAAAAUAGAUGCACCCUUGGUGCUGGAUCAGUUGCGUUGCAAUGGUGUAUUAGAAGGUAUUCGCAUUUGCCGACAGGGCUUCCCUAAUCGUAUACCCUUCCAAGAGUUCCGUCAACGCUAUGAGCUACUUACCCCAAAUGUUAUACCCAAAGGUUUCAUGGACGGUAAGAAGGCAUGUGAGAAAAUGAUUCAGGCUUUAGAACUGGAUACGAAUCUCUUCCGUGUCGGCCAAUCGAAAAUCUUCUUCAGAGCUGGUGUGUUGGCUCAUCUUGAAGAGGAACGCGAUUACAAAAUUACAGAUUUGAUUGUGAACUUCCAAGCAUUCUGUCGUGGCUAUCUGGCUCGUCGCAACUACCAGAAACGGCUACAACAAUUAAACGCUAUUCGUAUAAUUCAAAGAAAUUGUGCUGCUUACCUGAAGCUACGCAAUUGGCAGUGGUGGCGUUUAUACACAAAAGUAAAGCCUUUACUUGAAGUAACUAAGCAAGAAGAGAAACUUGUACAAAAGGAGGAUGAACUGAAACAGGUGCGUGAAAAGCUGGAUGUUUUGGCGAAAAGUACGCAGGAAUAUGAACGAAAAUACCAACAAGCGCUCGAAGAAAAGACCACAUUAGCUGAACAAUUGCAAGCUGAAAUUGAGCUGUGUGCCGAGGCUGAGGAGUCACGUUCUCGAUUGAUGGCUCGCAAGCAGGAGUUGGAAGAUAUGAUGCAAGAAUUGGAAACGCGCAUUGAAGAGGAAGAAGAACGAUCUCUUGCGCUUGGUGCGGAUAAAAAGAAGUUAGAGUUGAACAUUCAAGACCUUGAAGAGCAAUUGGAGGAGGAAGAAGCGGCUCGGCAGAAAUUGCAACUAGAGAAAGUGCAGUUAGAUGCCAAAAUCAAGAAAUACGAAGAAGAUUUGGCUGUUACAGAUGAUCAAAAUCAAAAAUUGAUAAAAGAAAAGAAAAUACUGGAAGAGCGUGCUAACGACCUCUCGCAAACAUUGGCCGAGGAGGAGGAGAAAGCAAAGCAUUUAAGUAAACUAAAGGCAAAACAUGAAGCUACAAUAGCUGAAUUAGAAGAGCGCAUGCAUAAAGACCAGCAACAACGGCAAGAAUCCGAUCGUACGAAGCGUAAAAUUGAAACGGAAGUGGCAGAUUUGAAAGAGCAAUUAAAUGAACGCCGCAUGCAAGUUGAAGACAUGCAAGCGCAAUUGGCGAAACGUGAGGAAGAACUGACGCAAACUCUAAUGCGUAUCGAUGAGGAGUCCGCAACUAAAGCCACCGCUCAAAAAGCGCAGCGCGAACUAGAAUCGCAGUUGGCUGAAAUUCAAGAAGACUUGGAGGCAGAGAAGGCGGCACGAGCGAAAGCAGAAAAGAUACGCAGAGAUCUCGGGGAAGAGCUGGAGGCGCUGAAAAAUGAACUUCUGGACUCCUUGGAUACAACAGCCGCCCAACAGGAACUCCGUUCAAAGCGUGAACAAGAGUUGGCAACUCUAAAGAAAUCGUUGGAAGAAGAGGCAGUGAAUCAUGAAUCGCUAUUGGCUGAAAUGCGACACAAACAUUCUCAGGAAUUGAAUGUUAUCAAUGACCAACUGGAGAAUCUACGGAAAGCAAAAACUGUGCUUGAGAAAGCGAAGGGUGCCUUGGAGGCGGAAAAUGCAGAUUUGGCUACGGAAUUGCGCAGCGUCAACAGUUCAAGACAGGAGAACGAUCGUCGCCGAAAGCAAGCAGAAUCACAAAUUGCAGAGCUGCAGGUGAAACUAGCUGAAAUCGAGCGUGCACGGUCAGAACUCCAAGAGAAAUGUACAAAACUGCAGCAGGAGACAGAAAACAUAACGAAUCAGUUGGAAGAGGCCGAAUUGAAAGCAUCAGCUGCUGUGAAAUCUGCUAGUAAUAUGGAGUCCCAAUUGACAGAAGCGCAACAGCUACUCGAAGAAGAGACUCGUCAGAAGUUAUCACUGAGCUCAAAGCUGAGACAGCUCGAAUCUGAAAAGGAGGCAUUGCAAGAACAGCUGGAAGAAGAUGAGGAAGCGAAACGGAACUAUGAACGAAAGUUGGCUGAGAUAACAGCACAAAUGCAGGAUAUUAAAAAGAAGGCCGAGGAGGAUGCAGAUCUCGCUAAAGAACUAGAAGAAGGCAAGAAGCGUCUGAACAAAGAAAUUGAAGCUCUGGAGAGGCAAGUAAAAGAGCUGAUUGCGCAAAAUGAUCGUUUGGAUAAGAGUAAAAAGAAAAUACAAUCGGAGCUUGAGGACACAACUAUUGAGCUAGAAGCACAACGUACGAAGGUGCUUGAGUUGGAGAAAAAGCAAAAGAAUUUCGAUAAAAUUCUUGCUGAGGAAAAGGCCAUAUCGGAGCAGAUAGCUCAGGAGCGCGACACUGCGGAGCGAGAAGCGCGUGAAAAAGAGACCAAGGUGCUUUCACUAACCCGUGAAUUAGAUGAAGCUUACGAUAAAAUCGAGGAUCUUGAGAAUAAAAGAAAAGUGCUGCAAAAUGAGCUUGAUGAUUUGGCCAAUACACAAGGCACUGCCGAUAAGAAUGUGCACGAGUUGGAAAAGGCUAAACGUGCACUGGAGUCGCAGUUGGCGGAAUUGAAGGCCCAAAACGAAGAAUUGGAAGACGAUUUGCAAUUGACGGAAGAUGCCAAACUCCGUCUGGAGGUGAAUAUGCAGGCGUUGCGCUCACAAUUCGAACGUGAUUUGCAAGCGAAAGAUGAACAGGCCGAAGAGAAGCGUCGUGGUCUUGUUAAACAGCUACGUGACUUGGAGGCCGAGUUGGAUGAGGAGCGAAAACAACGCACCGCGGCUGUGGCAGCGAAGAAGAAGCUCGAGGGUGAUCUGAAAGAGAUCGAAACAACUAUGGAAAUGCAUAACAAAGUGAAAGAGGACGCUUUGAAACAUGCCAAAAAACUGCAAACCCAAGUUAAAGAUGCUCUUCGUGAUGCUGAAGAAGCUAAAGCUGCAAAGGAAGAAUUGCAAGCCGCAAGCAAAGAAGCUGAACGCAAGGUGAAGGCCCUAGAAGCUGAAGUAAUGCAGUUGACUGAAGAUUUAGCUAGUUCUGAAAGAGCUCGUCGUUCUGCGGAAACGGAACGUGAUGAGCUCGCAGAGGAAAUUGCCAACAAUGCCAGCAAGGGUUCCCUCAUGAUUGAUGAGAAGCGUCGCUUAGAGGCGCGAAUUGCCACAUUGGAAGAAGAGUUAGAGGAAGAACAAUCUAAUUCAGAAGUGCUAUUAGAUCGCAGUCGCAAAGCGCAACUAUCAAUAGAACAACUUUCGACAGAGUUGGCCAAUGAGAAAUCGAAUUCCCAAAAGAACGAAAAUACUCGUGCGUUACUCGAGCGACAAAACAAAGAACUUAAAGCCAAGCUUACCGAGAUUGAAACGGCGCAGCGCACUAAAGUAAAGGCUACAAUUGCAACCCUGGAAGCGAAGAUAACCAACCUUGAGGAACAGUUAGAAAAUGAGGGCAAGGAACGCCUCCUGCAGCAAAAAGCUAACCGCAAAAUGGAUAAGAAAGUAAAGGAACUUACAAUGAAUAUCGAAGACGAACGUCGUCAUGCCGAUCAAUACAAGGAGCAAAUCGAUAAGCUUAAUAGCCGUAUGAAAUUACUUAAACGAAACCUGGAUGAAACCGAAGAAGAGUUGCAGAAAGAAAAAACGCAGAAACGUAAAUACCAACGCGAGUGUGAAGACAUGAUUGAAAGCCAAGAAGCAAUGAACCGGGAGAUCAACUCUUUGAAAACCAAGUUGAGGCGAACUGGUGGGGGUUUAGUAUUGAGUUCGAGUCGAUUAACUGGCACGCCAUCAUCGUCAAAACGGGGCGAUGAUAGUUCCUCGGUGCAAGAUGAAUCCUUAGACGGUGAAGAUUCGGGCAAUUAACGCAUUAAUUAAAAUGAAAUUUUUAAUGGAAUGAAUAUACGAAACAUAUUUCAAUUUCUGUCAUUUCUUACAAAAUCAAACACUCCAUUUUUUCGCCGACAAUCGUUCGUUAGCAGCAACUUAAAUAUGGAACGUACCGAAAAAGAGCACUUCACCCUUACAUAAAUUCAAAAAUAUGCAUAAACACAUCGAAAAUAUCAAAUCGAUUACCGAUUAGACGCAUUUGUACACUUUUUAUACGUCAACGUGACUUUUAUACAUUUCCUUUUAAGCAUAUAUGUACGUACAAUUAGCGAUCAUACAUAACCAUUCACAUAAAAACAAUGCAAGCCAAGCCACAAGCCACACCGAAACAUAAAUUCAUAAAAAAUUAUACACUACGAAAUUGAUGAUGGAGCUGAUGAGCCUACAAACGAGUAUUUGAGUAUUUACGGGAAAUUGCAUUUAUACGAUUAAGAGAAAAAUAAAGUUAUAAAAAUAUGGUAACACGGGAAAUAUAAUAUUUAUUGGCACGUAACGACCUCUGUACACGGCACGGUGUGCAUUCGUUAUAAGCAUUGCGAUUUUUCCGAGUACUUCAAUUGGUCAAAUGUAACUAUUAUUUUAGGAACAGAGUGAGCAGAAUAAAUAAUCAAAAUAUUUCACAUGGUAUUUCUUUGCGUAUCGUCUGAUUAUUAUUAAUUUUUUUUUGCAUUUUACUUUAAUGCUUUCUCAUUUAAUAAGAUUUUAGUGUUUCACUAAAUUUGGUCAGAAAAUCAAAACCUUAAGUGUAUUACAUGGACCAGUACAUAAUAAGUGGUAUUCUUCAUUCAUCAUUUUGUUCCCAUAAACUUUUGCAUGCGAACAAGUAUGCCACAUCCAUUCAAAAUAAUACAUUGCACCACACACAUCACCUACAUACGUCAAUUAUAAAUACUUAUUUUCUUUGCAAUUUAUAAUUCGUUAUUUUUUUACGUUUCGGGAGAGGCAUACAGCCAAAAUAAAUCGAAUUUAUUUUAUGUAGCCGCCUCUUGGCUGUUUGAGUUGUAGAGAUAAAACCAGCGAAAUUUGAAAUUUCUUAACGUAAUAUGCACGAUGAAAAACAACAAAUGAUGGCAAAUGACAUUACAGAAAUUUUAUAAAAAAAUAAACACAGAUUUUUAAUGAAUAUCUACUAAAUUUUUUUCUAGUUCGAAAAUCAGAUUUCGCGACAAUAAUAUAAAAAAUUAAUGUUUUUCGGACAUUUAUAAAAAUUUUGUCACACCAUUUCGAAGAGGUAAAAGAAGAUGGUAUUGCACAUUUAUAGACAUACAUACAUACAUACAUAACUAUGUAUACGCAUCUAAUUAUGAACGUAGUUAUUAUAUAUACAUAUAUAAAUAUAUAGUUUUAUUAAAAUUUUUUAUCAGUAAAAUCGGAAUUCGAGACUUUAUAAAAAUUUGCUCAUAAGAAGAAGUCGAAUGGUGGUGCGGAAGUGUCAAAACCCAGAAAUAUUUGUCUAGCAAUGAAAAAUAUGGGGAAAAAUAGUCAUAACUUUGGCAAUUCUCUGAUUAAUACGUCUACAACCCCUCUUUUAAAUUUAUCUCAUGCCAUUGAAAAUUCAAUAUGCGAGAGAAUUUUUGCUCCAAGAGUGAUCUAGAGAAAAAAAUCAAAAUGAUUUGAUACAAGUACACCCAUCCAUAAUAAAUACAAACAGACAAAUAAUGCUGAAAUUAUAUAUUUCAAUUUGUUUGAUUUUUUACUUAAAAAGCUACACAAAUUCUUUCAAUUCUGGCAGUUUGCUUGUCUAUUUCAAAUUUCCAUAGCGUGGUUGUUUUUGUGAUUCUAAAAUUUUCAAUUGUGAUUUGACCUUUUCACUAGAUACAGCAGAAGAAUCAAUUUAGAAAACUUUUUGUUUUGUAUUUUUUUAUAUACAUAAAUAUUUUAUUUUUGAUUUGCUUUUUAUUCCAUUUCUGUUUUUACUUAAAAAAAAAUUGUUUAAUUUUAAACUUAAAUUUUUAUUUAAUUUUUUAAUUAAAAAUAAUUUUUAAAUUUUUUUUGUUUUUUGUAAUAUCAUUUCAUACAUCUGCAAGUAUACAUUUUAGAUCAUUAGACACAAUUAACUGCAAAGAAUAAUUCUAAACGCAACUACCUAUACAUUACAGCUUAUACAUACAUACAUAUAUACUUUAUCACCACUCUUGAAAUGUGUACAUACACAUAAGUGUAAAAUUGCUCGAGUUGACAUGAAAACCUGCAAGUGAAUUUUGGGCUCCACACAUCCAUUUGGUAAACUUUAGGAUUUCUGUAAAACGGUCUUAACUUAACUACACUUAACAAUAUUUUUUCAAAUACUUUUUUGUACUUGCGUGCCUUCAAGUCUUAACUCAAAUCGCAUUAUCGAAAACUAUUUUGCUGUUACGUUCUGCAAUGUGCCAUUAACAUAAUUUACCGUCUCUCAAAAUAAUAUUUCUCUCCCUCCCGUCCAGCAAUUAUGUAUAUCUAUUAAGUUGUAAAAUUUGUGGGCAUUUUGUGUUGCGCAUCGUAUGUAGCCAGGCCCCUAUUGUCGAAAGUAUGCAACGAUUGGUUUAUUCAAAUUUGUAACUCUUCAUUUUCCAUUUCGAACUCUCUUCCAUUGUACACCUGUCAGUCUUCUGAAUAGUGCCUAUUUACGUGUAUUAGUUGCAAAAGUGAACACAAACAAUAAAACGAUUGCGAAGUAUAUGUUUAGAUUCGUUCAGUAUAUUUCAUUGUUGUGCUUUUGAAGCAGACAAACAGGCGCUAAAAUAAAAUAAAAUAAAAUAAA